GCAACGCAUCUGUGCAACCGCUCGGAAGGCUGCAUUCGCCCAAACAGAAGCGAUCUGCCUUUUUGCACUACUGUUAAGUGCAAAACCAAAACAGUAAACGCAAGUCGGAAAAAGUUAAAAAGCGGGCAAACACUUCGUGGUGUUUAAUAUCUGCCCACAAUCUAUGCUAAACCUGCGGCACACACACUCGUAUUACAUACAGAUCGGGUAGCAUCGUUUGUUCGGCGGCGUCAUUCUACUGGGAGUGUGGGUGCGUGUGUGUGUGUAAAUCUGCCUGGGGACAAUAAUAACAGCGAAGCAAAAAAAAUCCCCUGCUUAAACUUGAUAAAACGCGUCCAGAAUGAGUAGCAAAGUGGGCACAUUGCGCGAUUCCGAUUCCAAUGACGAUAACAGUGAUGAAGAUUCGUCGAAAGAACGCCGCGACCAUCGGCAGUCGAAGGAAAAGCGCAAGAAGCACAAAAAGCACAAGAAACAUAAGAAGUCGAAGAAGCAUAAGAAGGAGCGCCAUUCGUCCGAGUCCGAGAGUCAUAGCAAAGGCGAUACUCGUGCAUUGGUCGACUCCGACGAUGCUGUGGUGCCGUCCUUUGGCAAGCGAACAACAACAACAGCACAAGCUUCGGAAGCUUCACCGGCCGGGCACCGAUAUUCCAAGGGCAGCAGACAUAACGGAAGGGAAAUGGAAUCGCACAAGCAGAUACCGUCACGAUGGGACAGUUCCGGGGAAGGCGAACAUUCCCGCCAAACGCUAGAUAGCAAGCGUGCCAGAGGACAUCGUACCGACGCUAGGGGGCUUAACGCGGAUGGCCGUGUUGAAAGGGAUCGUUCAGCUCACGAACAAUACAAAUCGGCCAGAUCAUCACAAUCAGCAAGGAGUGGUGACCGUAGCACGCACGAUUGCGAUGCCAGAGAAAAAGAACAUGCAGCACAUCAAGGUAAUAGGAAUGGAAACCAUCAUUCACGCGGAUACGAUAAGCACGGUUCGAACCAACGGUAUCGCCCAGAUAGUACCAAUCGCAGCAUCCGUGACGCAAGCGACACCCGCGAUAAUGAAGUUAGUUCCAGCAGCCGGGACACUGGGCAGCAGCAGCGCACCCAUCAGCGAGAUACGCACGGAGACCGGCACAAACAAUCGGACACAGACAAGUAUGGCACUGGUAGCCGCAAACGCAGACAUGCUGACAGUAGCAGUCCUUACAAACAAUCGAUGGGAAGGAGCGACACAACGGCACCAAAGCGCGGCGACAACGGUGGUGCGCCGGUUGCCGUGAAAGAAGAGCCAACGAGUCGUACCGAGGAAGAAACCGAUUUUAAAUGGGGUAAGCAUACGGAUAGCAAAACCAACCGAUUUAAAGCCGAUCCGGACGGGGAUCGGACUGGCGAAUCGGGUUCGAACGCGCCCGAUUCUACCGCCGAUUCGGCCGAGCCGACCGAAAAGGAGAAGCCCAACUUUGGACUGUCCGGCAAACUGACCGCGGAAACCAACACCGUCCAUGGGGUUGUGAUUGCGUACGCGGAACCCCCCGGUGCCCGGAAGCCGAAGCGCCGCUGGCGGUUGUAUCCGUUCAAGGGUGAGCAAGCGUUACCGACGCUCUACAUCCACCGGCAAAGCUGCUAUCUGAUUGGGCGCGAUCGGAAGGUUUGCGACAUACCGGUCGAUCAUCCGUCCUGCUCGAAGCAGCACGCAGUACUGCAGUACCGGCUGGUACCGUACGAGCGUGUCGACGGUACGAAAAGCCAGUGCGUGCGGCCGUACAUUAUCGAUCUGGAGUCGUCGAACGGGACGUUCGUUAACAACAAGCAAAUCGAGACGAAGCGCUACCUGGAGCUGCGCGAAAAGGAUGUGCUGAAGUUUGGGUUCAGCUCGCGCGAGUACGUGCUGCUGCACGAAAACAGCAAGGAGGACAAUGAGGACGACGAAGGGUACGAUGCGUCCCCGGUUCCGAAACGAGCUGCCAGCGAUCCGGCAAAGGUGUAGAGGGCUAAGUAGGCGCAUUCUAAACGCAUCUCUCUCUCACUCUAUAGCGUUUCCAAUCCUCUACCACAAUAGUAUCACACCAAUCGAUGUACGAAUGGCCAGCUUAGCCCCCGGGUAAAGCAUACAAAGCGCAGGGAUAUUGUUGGUGUACAUAUAUCCUUGGCUUUACGUAGAAAAUGUUUGGCAUGGCGUGGACAGAGAUGAGCCCUGAUUUGCUCAUCAAUAGCUAAUGGAAAGACUUCCCGUUGACUGAAGAACGCAAGAGCCGAUCAAGGUUGUUGUCUGUGCAAAACCCUUUCUACCACCUCCCCCCCCCCUCCCCCCUUUCUCUAUGUAAAGAUGCUGUACAUAUAAGUCAUAGGUGUAAUAAUAUGCAUUUGAUUGCUGUUGAAUAAAUCGAUCAGAAACGAAA